AUGGCUUCUCCGGCCAAAGGCAGUGACUUGUUUUCGUCAGACGAGGAGGGCCCCGCGAUGCUGGCCGGCCCGGGCCCGGGGCCUGGGGGUGCCGAGGGCGGAGUGGAGGAGCGCAGGGUCAAGGUCUCCAGCCUGCCCUUCAGCGUGGAGGCUCUCAUGUCCGACAAGAAGCCGCCCAAGGAGUCGCCCGCGGUGCCACCCGACUGCGCCUCGGCUGGCGCUGCCCUGCGGCCGCUGCUGCUGCCGGGACACGGCGUCCGGGAAGCGCACAGUCCCGGGCCUCUCGUUAAGCCCUUCGAGACCGCCUCGGUCAAGUCGGAAAAUUCCGAAGAUGGAGCGGCGUGGAUACAGGAGCCCGGCAGAUAUUCCCCUCCGCCCAGACACAUGAGCCCCACAACCUGCACCCUGAGGAAACACAAGACCAACCGGAAGCCACGCACGCCCUUCACCACAUCCCAGCUUCUAGCCCUGGAGCGCAAGUUCCGCCAGAAACAGUACCUCUCCAUUGCAGAGCGGGCCGAGUUCUCCAGCUCUCUGAACCUUACAGAAACCCAGGUCAAAAUCUGGUUCCAGAACCGAAGGGCUAAGGCGAAAAGACUGCAGGAGGCGGAACUGGAAAAGCUGAAAAUGGCUGCCAAACCUAUGCUGCCCUCAGGCUUCAGUCUGCCCUUCCCCAUCAACUCCCCCCUGCAGGCAGCAUCCAUUUAUGGAGCGUCCUACCCCUUCCAUAGACCUGUGCUUCCCAUCCCGCCUGUUGGACUCUAUGCCACGCCGGUUGGAUAUGGCAUGUAUCAUCUAUCCUAAAGAAGACCAAAUGGAUAGACUCCGGGAUGGAUGUUUGCAUGAAAGCAUUCCCCUCCCUCUCCUAGAAGGUGGUACCAGUCCAGCUCCUGAACACAAACCUUGCAUCGCCACCCUAAGCCACAGGGCCCACAGGGCCGCUUGAUACAGAGUGACUUUGUUAUUUAGG